AUGAAUGCGAAUAGAUCUAUAAAAUCGAGUGGGAUGGAAAUCAGUCCGCACCCGCCCGUCGCCAUCCCUGUUGCACCAGAGACGAAGUGGGGCUCUGCUGCAGUGUAUAAACAUAUUGAAUCCUAGUUGUGUAUGUGAUCCCACUCUCUGCUGUGUUUUGGAGAUGAAAUCAGAGCAAGUAUAUAAAGUCGGGAAAAUUUUAACACUCUUCAGUCCCAGAAGGGCUAUCUGUUCUUCUUCUACUACUUCUCAGCCCCAGUUGAGUAAGCCUCCUAUUCACAAUACUUUCUUCAAAUCAGGUGCCAAAGAUGAGCUUGUAAAACGUCUCUGCAGAGACAACAACUUCAAAGAAGCCAUAGACAUUCUAUGCGAACAGAAACGUUUGCGUGAGGCAAUUCAGAUACUGGACCACGUUGAUCGACCCUCUGCCGCAACAUACUCCACCCUUUUACAGCUCUGCCUCCAGCUUCGAGCCCUUGAUGAGGGCAUGAAGGUCCAUGCCCACACCAAAACCUCCGGCUUUGUUCCUGGGGUUGUCAUCUCCAACCGCAUUCUUGAUAUGUAUAUCAAAUGUAAUAGCCUUGUUAAUGCUAAAAGGCUAUUUGAUGAAAUGGCUGAGAGAGACUUGUGUUCUUGGAAUAUUAUGAUCUCUGGGUAUGCAAAAGCGGGUCGGCUUCAGGAGGCUCGCAAACUGUUUGAUCAAAUGACGGAAAGAGAUAAUUUUUCUUGGACGGCAAUGAUAUCUGGGUAUGUUCGCCAUGACCGGCAUGAAGAAGCUUUGGAGUUGUUUAGAGCAAUGCAAAGGCAUGAGAACUUUAAAUGCAAUAAAUUUACAAUGUCUAGUGCUCUUGCUGCUUCUGCUGCCAUUCAAUCCCUGCAUCUUGGGAAGGAGAUUCAUGGGCAUAUACUGCGAAUAGGGUUGGAUUUAGAUGGCGUGGUUUGGAGCGCAUUAUCGGAUAUGUAUGGGAAGUGUGGGAGUAUAGGGGAAGCUCGACACAUUUUUGAUAAAACUGUUGACCGAGAUGUUGUUUCAUGGACGGCAAUGAUUGAUAGAUACUUCAAGGAGGGUAGAAGGGAAGAGGGAUUUGCAUUGUUCUCAGACUUAUUGAAAUCUGGGAUAUGGCCCAAUGAGUUCACUUUUUCUGGGGUUCUAAAUGCAUGUGCAGAUCAUGCUGCGGAGGAAUUGGGUAAGCAGGUUCAUGGGUAUAUGACAAGAAUUGGGUUUGACCCGUCCUCAUUUGCAGCUAGCACGCUUGUUCACAUGUACACAAAGUGUGGGAAUAUUAAGAAUGCAAGACAGGUUUUCAAUGGGAUGCCGAGACCGGAUUUAGUAUCAUGGACUUCCCUGAUUAGUGGUUAUGCUCAGAAUGGUCAACCUGAUGAGGCUCUUCAGUUCUUUGAGCUGCUACUCAAAUCAGGAACUCAGCCUGAUCACAUUACCUUUGUUGGGGUUCUUUCUGCUUGUACUCAUGCUGGCUUAGUCGAUAAAGGACUCGAGUAUUUUGACUCAAUAAAGGAAAAACAUGGGCUAACACAUACUGCUGAUCACUAUGCUUGUCUCAUUGAUCUAUUGAGCCGAUCUGGUCGACUCCAAGAAGCAGAAGAUAUUAUUGAUAAAAUGCCAAUGAAGCCUGAUAAGUUUUUGUGGGCUUCUUUGCUUGGUGGUUGUAGAAUUCAUGGAAAUCUUAAACUUGCAAAACGAGCAGCAGAAGCGUUAUUUGAGAUAGAGCCUGAGAACCCAGCUACAUAUACAACUCUGGCCAACAUCUAUGCUACAGCUGGUUUGUGGGGUGGUGUUGCAGAAGUCAGGAAGGUGAUGGAUGCUAGAGGAGUGGUAAAGAAACCAGGUCUGAGUUGGAUUGAGAUUAAGCGAGAGGUUCAUGUGUUCUUAGUGGGAGACACAUCCCAUGCAAAAUCCAAGGAAAUACAUGAGUUUCUGGGGAAGCUUUCAAAGAGGAUGAAGGAAGAAGGGUAUGUUCCUGACACGAACUUUGUGUUGCAUGAUGUGGAGGAGGAGCAGAAGGAACAAAACCUUUCCUACCACAGCGAAAAGCUUGCAGUCGCAUUUGGGAUUAUUUCUACCCCAGCAGGAACAUUAAUCAAGGUUUUUAAGAAUUUAAGAACUUGCGUAGACUGCCACACUGCCAUUAAAUUCAUCUCCAAGAUUGCUAAGAGAAAAAUAAUUGUGAGGGAUUCAAAUCGGUUUCAUUGUUUUGAGGAUGGGAGCUGUUCAUGUAGAGACUACUGGUGAUUUGAUUUUGACCUAAUGCCAUCCAGUAUUUUCUUAUUCCCCUUAUUGACUAUGUAGUGUUAAGAAUAACUUCAAAGUAGUUCAUUGUGUUUUUUUGUAAGUGAACAGAAUAGCAAUCCAAUAUGAGUACAAUAGAAAAUUUAAAAUAAUACAAUUGCACAUUUCAUUAUCUAAAUCACUCAAAUAGCCAUUCCAAGGGAGUGAAGAUCAUUCUCCAAUUCAGGAAUUCAGGAGGGUGUGUCCAGGCUUGGUUGAGUUGAUGGGAGUAACAUUUUUAUAUCUAAAUCGGUCAAAUAGCCAUUCAAAGGGAGAGAAGAUCAUUCUCCAAUCAGGAGUGUGUGUUUCAUCAGAGACCCAGAGAUUAGAAUGAAACCAUCCAUUGUCAUUAUCAUCAUAUAUAAGGCAAAUCCAUUUGUAGACCCCUCCUUUUGGACAGGGGGGCUCUCCUUUUUAACACUCUUUUGUGACUUUUUUUUUUACCACCUGGAGACUGGUUUUCUGUAACAUAGUGGGAGACAUUUUUCUGCAGCAGGGAGACAGCACAUUUCUGGGAAGACACGAGCAGAAGACAUGUGGCAGAGAGGGCAUUUUCUGGUGGUGAUUAGAGGAGAGAGGGAGCAGGUUUUUAGGAUUUUCGGGGGCUACGUGGGGAAAAACCAGAGCAGAGAGGGGAAUAUUCAGAUAUUCUGAGAGAGAGGUUUACAGAGAGAGAGAGGGGGGGUAGAGCCUCUUGAGCAGAAGAAAGGAUACAGGAAGCAGAGGAGCUCUUGAAAUCUGGCUGGUUCUGGAGGCAGAGGAUGGCCGUAAGCUAAGUGAGCUUCAUUGGAGAGGAGUUUCACAGGUAUGGAGUAUCGUGUUUUUUCAGGGUCUUCCUCAUUAUCACUGUUCUUCAUCAUCUUUUCUUGCUACUUGAGCAUUGUUAGUUUGUUUGGUUGUGGAUUGAGUUUUGCUGAAUUUGAGUUUGUUUUUAUGCUUUCUCUGUUUUGGUUCUUUUCUGCUUUCUUUGAUUUCUCAUGCCAAUAACUGACGUAUGGAUUGUUUUUGAGCUUGAUAUUUGAUUAAUCAUGCCACUGCUCUCUGCUUGUCUCACCUGUUUAGACCCAUUGAGUGCAGCAUGAGAUGGAGUCUUGAUUAAUGGAUUCUGAGCGUGCUCUGUUUCUUGAGCCUUCCUCUUUUGCUUUUGAAAAAUACCAACCAUUAUUUUGUAAACUACCUGGAAGUUCUGGGAUGAUGGUAGAAAAUGUUUCUAACUCCAAGUGGUUUCUGGAUUUGAUGGACUGGGGAAGUCGAAAGCUCAAGUUAUUGGUCUGGUCUUUGUUGCUGCCGGAAUGGGUGGAGGAACUGGCAGUAGUGGGGCUCCUGUGAUUGCAGUUGCAGAAUCAUUGGGGAGGAGUUCUGCAUCCUGACUGAGAAACAGAGGUGAUAGAUGAUGUCAAUUUCCUCAGCCAUUUAAUGAUGGAUAUCCUGUUCAAACUCAUCAGAAAGUGGUUGAUGUACCUCCAGUUAUUGAAUGGAUACAGAGUCUUGAGGCUCUCCUACUGUUUCCAUUGGAAUUGCUGAUAAUGGGGGAAUGGAAGAGUACAAAGCAUGAACUUCAGCUUCUGAUAUCAGGUUCACUUGAUGGCCAAGUUCCCAUUGGUAAUCAUAUUUCUUCUGAUUGUUUUGUAUGCAAUACCUACCAGUGCAGCCAUCUUGACCCAGUACAUUCUGAUCACUGUUCUGUUUGCUCUUCCAUCUUUUUUUAUACUGUACUUUGCUUAUCCCUGUUUGAACUGGUUGGUUAGGGAAAUCACUACCAGAAUCACCAUCAAUUAGUGCUUCCUGUUAUAUAAACUCUGUAGCAUGGUGAUGUAAUGAAUCUAAUAAUGGUGUUUGGAGUGCUAACGGGCCUGCAUUUGGGUGCAUUUUGAUGAAAGAUUUCCUCAAGUCACUCUCCAAGAGGCUCAAAUGCAAUACCACUGCUUAUGAGAACUACCAUAGAGUCUAUGUUCCUGAGGGACAGUCUCCUAAGUCUGAUCCCAAGGAGCCUUUGAGGGUUUAUGUUCUGUUCCAGCAUAUACAGAAAAUGCUGUCAAGUGAGACUGCUGUCAUUGCUGAGACUGAGGAUUCUUGGUUUAACUGUCAGAAACUGAAAUUGCCUAGAGGAUGCAGAUAUGAGUUCCAAAUGCAAUACGGAUCAAUUGGUUGGUUAGUAGGUGUCACUCUUGGGUAUGCACAGGCCCUGCCAAACAAGAGGGUGAUGAUUUCUUGCAUUGGUGAUGGUAGUUUUUACGUGACUCUGCUAGAUAUCUCUACGAUGAUCCUCUAUGAGCAGGGGAAGGCAUAUUUGGAAGAGUAUGUCAACCCUUGCGCAGAUCUUUCUAGGAAAAGUUUGUGGGGAAUUGCUCUACCAUUGGGUGGCUCAGCUGAUAAACUUGAAGGUGAAGGAGCAGGUUAUACCACAACUUGGAAAAUAAUCCGGUUACCUCAUGAGCUCCGUGUUGAACCUCGACCUUUCUGUUCUGGGCCAGUAACCAGUUCCAAUUCCUGGUCUCACCCACUCAUCAGUUUGAAGGAGCCUAGUAUGCUCCUCCCUGGCUACUACGGAUAUCUAAUACUGCCUGCCAUCUUGAAGUUUGGAUUCUCAAGGAUGAUCGAUAUGCUUAGAUGCUGGCUUGUCUAUCUCUGACUCGAGGAUGGGUAUCAAAAUGCUCUAGAAGAACCACUGAAGCAGCUACUAUCUUCAUGGAAGAACGCUUGCAAUGUCUAAAAUGCUCAUUGAUGGUACAAUUGAGUAUGAAGAUGGAAGCUUGCAACUGUUUUCAGUUUAAUCUAUGGUGAUCAGAGGACUGGCAAGGUCAGUUUCACAGGUUGACAACAUGGCUUCCUUGAGCAGUGAUAUCUUCUGUGAUAUAUUGAAGCAUCUCGAUGGCCCAGCUUUGACUAGUGCAGCCCAUGCUUGUGCAGUAUUCUGUUCAAUCUCAAGAGGAGAGAUUAUGGGAAAAUGUAUGUUCGUCCAUGUGGCCUUCAACCAACUGAGAAGAUGUCAGAAGUUCAAUUUCAUCUAUUGGUGGAUUCAGAAAGUUCUAUGCAGAUUGUUUUCCACUCAUGGUAAAUAAGGAAGUUCCUGAAUUUCAAUGGAAUGAUUAUCUCAAAUAUUCUGAAGAAGGGAGUGACACUGAAUAUUAUGAUGACCUAGAUGGAUUUGAAAGUAUUUCAUCCUCCAAUUUUGUUUCUAUUGUAGAUACCAGCCAAUGCAUCUUUGUGGGGUUUCCUACUGGCAUGCAUAUGGACACAUGGCUGGCUGGCGGUGACCACUAUUGGAAAACUAUUCAAUUUUUCUUUAAACGAAAUGUCCCAGAGAUGAACCAGGCCUGAGAGGUAGAAACCAGUGGCUACCUUCACUCACUUGAAGAAUUCCAAGAACAGGUCAUGCAACCUUACCAGCUCCAUAUCAAGCGGUUAAUAGGACAUGGUGUAGAGUUCUUUAUUUGCCUUCAUAUGUACCACUUGGGCAGCUUUAUCUGUUGGGCAAUUCAUUAGUGGAAUCACUAUCAGGCUGCCUUCACUGAGCCUGAGAUGGUGGAAGUGGUUGAAACUGCUACUCUUCUUUGACCCACAGUAUCCUGGGGGUACUAUGGUGCAUUUGACCAAGAAUGGAGGUUGUUAGUCUUAUAAUCCAUCUGUAAAUCACUCAGUGUUUGUGGACAAUGAUCAGUAAAAUCAAACUAGAAAUGUUUUGUCAGGUAAUUUCUUCACCAACAAAUGUCAUAGCAUGAGCAAGUUGCAAAUAAUGGAUUGAAAUGCCUUAGUGGUCAAAGUCAAGUUGUAAAUUGGGAUGGGUCUGCCGGUGAUUACUAUCUGCAGUAGAAGAAUAUUUGGCAACCUGAGACAGUUUCUGAGAGUGAUCCAAUUGGUUGCAUUGCAAAAACCGCAAGUGCUUCAUACGGAUAGGCAAGUCAUGUUUCUGUUAAGCAACUUGGUGGCAGAAAAUCCCAGGGGUGGCAUUCUGGCUCAUACUCCAAGGUCUGGGAAAACUUUCAUGAUCAUCAGCUUCAUGCAGAGUUUCCUGGCUAAGUCUUCCCAAGCCAGACCUCUUGUUGUACUUCCCAAGGGUAUCUCGGCAACAUGGAAGAAAGAAUUUCCGACCAGGCAAGUUGAGGAUACUCCACUGUGUGACGUUUCCUGAGAGUGGAAAGAUCAGAAGGAUAGCCAUUAUCAGUUUGAAAACAGAAGCUGCAGCUAAAAGAGCUCUGGUCCUUGAUGGUGCUGACAGGGGAGAACUGUUCCAGGAAAUCCAGCAUUCACCCAUGCAACUACGGGGUCCAAAUGCAAACUGGUAGUGGUAAAACAAUUCAUAUUCUCUCUAAAUCACCUAAGUGGGUGUCCUCAUUCUUGCCAUGGCCCAGCUGGGUAAACAUAAAAUUCUGGGUUUAUAGAUGGGAUUCUUCCUUUAGUUAAAACUGUAAAUAUGAUUCCAGUGGGAUAUGUAUUGUUUGGUUUCUUUUGGUCCCUAUGUGUUGUCUUGUUGAGCAGUCAAAGGAGUGGUCAUCAAUUGAAGUAUCAAGAUACUUGGCCGAAAAUGUGAUGAUGGAUGUUUCUGAAGAAGAAUUAUAAUAUUCCCACUGCUGAAUAUGUUCAUAGGCGUGGUGGAUUUCUUUGUAGGGAAUUAAAUGUGUAUCAUGUUACAUUCCAUGCCUGUGUGGAUCUCAGAAAUGUAGAGGCAAUAUUGUGGGACUAAACCAGCACAAAGGAGAACUGAGUGACCCCCAGAUGGAAGGCAUCUUUGACAACUACUCUGUGAAGCACCAAAUCAUAAAUUCAGGGCCAGUAAUUACAUGCCAAUUGUUAUUAGCAGAUAAGAUUUUAGGUGAAGGACCCAGCUGUGAAAGAAAUAUCAGAAACUCAGAAUGAGAUUCAGAAUAUGGACAAAGGUGAGAUUCUAAAAGCUGUCCGGUUCUACUUUCUGGGUGUGGACGUAGUGAUAAAGAUACCCUUGCUGAUAUUCAUACCUUUAUACCUGGCUGUUAAUGUGGCUUAUGGACCUGAAGUUUCAAAGGAGUUGACUCCUUUGUGGGAUUUUCGGACCCCUGCAUGUUGCUCUUUUUAUCUAGAUGCUCUGAGGGAUAUGUGCACUCUUGUGUCUUUAGCUUCAAGCAGACAGCUAAAGUAGUCAAGAAUAUACCCACUUACUAUUUUCUGGCCUAUACUUAUAUUGAUCACGGCAGCCCAGAAAGUGAUGAUGACUGUUCCGAGCAUGAAGGUGACAGCAGUGAUGACAGUACUGAUUAAGCAGUGAUGAAGUCUUUGUGGUAUUUCAAGAAGAUGGUUAUUUCAAGUGAACCAGUUGAUGAUAUGAGGCUCACAUGUGCUGUUUCAGCAUCUGUACUUCUGGGGAGAGCUGAGUUUUGGGCAAGUCAUUCAUGAACUUCGUGUUGCAUGAUGUGGAGGAGGAGCAGAAGGAACAAAACCUUUCCUGCCACAGUGAAAAGCUUGCAGUCGCAGUUGGCAUUAUUUCUACCCCAGCAAGAAUGUUGAUCAAGGUUUUUAAGAACUUAAGAACUUGUGUAGACUCCACACUGCCAUUAAGUUCAUCUCCGAGAUUGAUAAGAAAAAAAUAAUUGUGAGGGAUUCGAAUUGGUUUCAUUGUUUUGAGGAUGGGAACUGUUCUUGUGGAGACUACUGAUGAUUCACCUAUGCCAUUCCAGUAUUUUCUUUUUGCC